AUGCCAUCCAUCCAGCUGCCACUGCUGCUCCUCUGCCUGACCUUACACGGUGUCUGCCUCAACUGGAGGCAGCCUCUUCCAGAGGAAAGUGACAACGCAGAACGGAGUACCUUGGAUGACAACCCGCAGAAGACAGAAAGCCUCAACCUUCAGUCUGUCCUCAAGAAAUCUGAGGAAGAAAAGAUCGAUAAAGAAUCAGACACCCCUCUGCCAGAAUGGCUUUCCAAAAGACAACAUCCUGGAAAGAGAUAUCUAAUUGAUCUGGGGAAGAGACAGCAUCCUGGGAAGAGAGAGGAUGAGGAAGAUUUGUCUUACGGAGACAUUCAGAAGAAACAGGAUCCAGGGAAAAGAGAGGAAGAACAAAACCUCGACAGUUACCUGGAGCUGAAAAAGCAACAGCAUCCUGGCAGAAGGUCACUGUGGGACCAGUAUGCAGACUUUGCUAAUGCACAGCUAACCUACUUGAAUGAGUUAUCCAAAAGACAGCAUCCAGGCAAAAGGUAUCUGACAUACAAGCUACAGCAUCCUGGCAGUAGAAGCUGGAAUGACGAGCAAGACCUAAGGGACCAGCACGUGGAGAAACGCCAGCACCCUGGAAAAAGGUACAGGGAUUCUAAAAGCCCAGAUUAUGCAGCCCCCUGCAACUUUCAGAAGUCCUUCAGCUGUAAUGAAGGCAGCUUAUUGCUUGAUUUAGUAGAAAAUGUCAACAUAGGCAGGGUAGAAGAAAAACAUCAGCACCUAGGAGGGAGAUUAGCAUGGGAGAGUGAAGCAGAGGAAUGA